AUGCCUGACCUAGCCGACCUUCUCGACCAAAUGAGCAUGGCCGACCGCAGCAGUCAACCCGCAACCCAUCGCCCCGUAAGCCCCCUCGGCUCUUCGCGUUACGAGCGGCCAUUCGAUCCACGCGAAUACCGCUCUUCAUCCCGACGGCCAACAAAUCCUCCUCCCCUCCACCGCUCCGAAAGCCGUCGACGCGAACAUUCGCAUCGCAGCGGUCCCAGCCGCCGCACAUCGUCCCCCGGUAUACCCGUCGAUCUCAGCUCCCUCGGAGCGGACUUCGACCCUCGCCCUCGAAUUGCUGCUUCCCGCGCUCCUGCUGGUCUCGGCAUCGACUUCGGCCCAUCAGGUUUCCACCCCCGUAGAGCGCGCGAACAGGACGAAUUCGAUCGUCUCCACGAUCAGCGCCGCCAUCGCACGCCUCCCCCGCGGGACUACUUCGACGGCUUGGGUUCCGGCUUCGACGGUCGGGAUCCUCCUCCUCAACGACGAUCCCGUCCCGCACAGCAGCCGGAACGAUACAUGUACGACAUGUCCACCCUCUCUGGCGGACCCCCCAUGCGGUACGGGGCGGGUUAUGGCGGCUAUCGCUCUUCCCGUCCCUCCGGCGCGCCGCCCACGACUACCGCUACCGCCGAAUACCUCGCAAGCACGCCAUCUCGAAGCGCGAGACCUUCUCGACGGGAUCAUCGCGAUUACAUCCCCCCCAGCGAUGAGAAUAGGUACGUCUACCCCCUUCCUCCUCCUUCUUCGUCUGCCCGUCCGAGUUCCUCGAGCAGAGAGCAUCGGUCGCAUCGAUCCGGUGGUGGUGGGCUUCGAGGCUUGUUUCGUUAG